UCCAUCAACUUCAAGAACAUAUCCACUGAUCCUCCCAAGACUCAGGGCUUCUGCACCUUCAAGCCCCUGCCGCCUGCAGAAGCUCAAGAGGAACGCCACUUCUUAGACUUAAUUGCGUUGCCUGAAACUCCACUUGUACCAACUCCUCUGUCAUUGGAGCAGACGAGUCAUCCUGCCAACAGCACCUUCACCAUUCUCCCAAAGAGCGGAGGAGGAGAGUGGCAUGUAGGAGAUCAGCUGGAGGUUUUGAUAAAAAUGUUUGACUUCCAAGGUCAUGCCAAGAAAACUGGAGGAGAUUUCUUGGUUGCAGCAUUGCACAGCAAGGGACUCGGAGCAGGUGUGACUGGACGAGUGGUGGAUCACCUUAAUGGCUCUUACUCUGCUCUAUUCCCUUUACUCUGGGAAGGAAGCACACGGGUUGAGGUGAUACUUCUUCACACAAGCGAGGCUGUCACAGUUCUGCGCAUGCUCAACAUAGAAAGACCUGACAGGGUUAUCUUCAAAGGCGUCUUCCGCUCUGGCUCAGUCUCUGAAACUACAGUCUGUAAUGUUUGCUUACCUCCAAGCAACCAGUCACAGUGCAACUACACUGACCUCCACACAGGGGACCCUUGGUUCUGCUACAAGCCACAGAAACUCAGCUGUGAAGCCCGGGUCAGCCACAGGAUAACAGGAUACAAGUAUCAAGGGAUCAAGAACGAGAAGGAGAAGCUCUUCCAAAAGGGUGUCAACUUGAAAGUCUACAUUAAGGCAUCAGGACCUGACAGUGUCACUGUUUUGCCACAAACGGGAGGGCAAUCCGGGCCAGAUGACGGCAGUGAGAAGUUGGGACCCUCAGGGUAUUACUACAAGGGUGUGUGGAGAGCUCUAGAUGGCACCAGACUUCAACAGUUCAACAACUCCACUGCCAUCAGUCAGUGUCUGAAAGGAAAGAUGGUCUACAUGUAUGGAGACUCCACCCUGAGACAGUGGUUUGAGUACUUCAAGGCUUCAUUGCCAGAUGCUCAGGAGAUAAACCUGAACAAUCCGGUGAGAGUAGGACCUUUCAUGAUAUUGGACAAUGCAAAUAACUUUGUGCUUACAUACCGCAUCCACGGUCUUCCUCUUCGUAUAUUCUCAAUUCCAGCCAGUAAGGAGCGUUAUGUUGCCAAUGAAUUGGAUGGGUUAAUUGGAGGCACUAAUACAGUUGUAGUCCUUAGUAUCUGGGCCCACUUCAGCACGUUCCCAUUUGAGCUCUUCAUAAGACGAAUGCAGAGCAUCCGCAGGGCGGUGGUCCGUCUGUUGGAUAGGGCUCCAGGCACGCUGGUGGUCAUCAGGACUGGAAAUGUCCAAACUGUACGGCAAUCUGGCAUGAUGAACAACAGUGACUGGUACGUAUAUCAGAUCAACUUGGUGCUCAGAGCCAUGUUCAAAGGACUCAAUGUUCAGUGGAUAGACGCCUGGGGGAUGGUUCUGGCCCACGACCUGGCACACAACCUUCACCCACCACCUCCCAUCAUCAAGAAUAUGGUUAAUGUUCUCUUGUCCUACAUAUGCCCCAAAAAGUGAAGCUAGCUGUGCAGUUCAAGGAAGGAAUAUAGAAAUUAAUCGUUAAUCUACUCAUGAACACUAAAAGGAGAGAAAUAAAUUAAUUAAGUAUAAUGUGUCAUCAUUGUCCAAUUGUCUCACAAUUUAUCAACUAUCACAGAGUAAGCACCUAGAGGGUCAUGCUUAUGAUAUAAUGGUAAGACGUAGGCGUGGAGAGAAAAAUUUGUACUGUGAUCACUGGGAUGUUUUG